AUGGUUGUCAUUGCGGCAAGUUCCCGUUUGAGAAGGCGCUCGACUUUUAUUAUCUUGACCUUCCUGGCCGCGGCGGAUUUCGCGGUUAUGCUGCUCUUCGCAAUGUAUUGUGGUCUAGAUGAUCUCAUUUCACAAAAUCGCAAUCUGGAGUGUAUCAUCCACAAUGGAAUGGCAUGGGGGAAUAACACCAGUGCUUGUUUAUCGUAUAUCUUCAUCAUCAUGGUCGCCUUGGAAAGAUUUAUUGUAGUGUAUUUCCCGUUUUGGGGUCGCAGGUGUCUGACAGGCGGGAAAACGACAGUCGCGUGUGUCGUCAUCUGCGUCGUCAUUAUGUCCGCUAACUCGUAUCUUUGGUGGUACACAAAACCUAGACCGGAACCGGAAGGUCGGCCAUGCUACCCUGACGUCACAAUGGGACACGUGUACUAUUACUCGUAUAUCGUCAAUACUAGCGCCACCUGGUUAGCCUUACUGGUUCUGUGCUUGGCUAUUAUCGUUCGUCUGCGCCAAGUCGCUCGAAGGCGGGUAUCCCUGGUUGGAAACAGGGGCGCUUACAAUGAUCAAAAUUACGCCAAAACCCACGUGCUGUUGCUUGCCAACGCUUUCGCUUUCAUACUCCUGAUAGGACCCCUCCUAUGCGUAGACUUGGCCGACGAGUUCUCCGCAGAGAUCCCCUUUUACAUCCGAGCGUGGCUUUUCCUACUGAGCAAAACGAACCACUGCGUGAAUUUCCUUCUCUAUGUUCUCACCAGCUGGGAGUUUCGCCGGGAGUGCUGGGAAACGUUCAGGCGUCUUACCUGUUGCCUUAGGCCAGUGAGAGAACCGCAUGCUACGGCCAUGUCGCCCCUCCCUGCCCUCGACAGUCCUGUCGGCAAUCAACAAGCGUUUCUUUUUCCUCCUGCGAACCAGCCCAAUGCCAACGACCUCCAGAAGAAAGGCAUGUGCAGAAGUGGCGCUCCUCCAUCUUGUAUGGACCAUCUGUUGCCUCAACGUGCUCCUCUCGCCAUAUUGGACGAGUCGGAACUUUAA